CUCCCAACCAGAAGAUAAGAGACUUAAUUCUUCAACUUCAAAUUCAAGCUUCAAAGUGUAACUUUGGAGAUCAGCUGCAUACUCAACUACGUGAUCGUCUAAUUGCUGGCUGGAAUCAAUAUUCCUAAGUUAGCGAAAGAGUUAAUUCAGAUUCCUUCUUGUACCUUUCAAACUGCUAAAGAUUUAUGUAUUACAUAUGAAGAUGUCAACAGUGAAUACUCUGCUCCCACUACGUCAGUAUCUGAUGUCAUGUUGUCCAAAGUCGAAAAUACAAGUGGUCAUGGAAAGCAAUCCAAACUGCCGUCCACAGGUAAUAGAAUGCAGCGAGAGAUCAAAAACAUUAAAUCGUGUUUUUCCUGUGGAAAGUUACAUCUACGAAGCACUUGCCGUUUUCGGGGUGCUAAGUGUCACAAAUGUGGUAAAGUUGGACACAUCAAGACUGUUUGCAGAAGUUCGAAUACUUAUGCUGCUCAACAUUCUUAUAAUUCUCCCAAUCUGUCUAGUAAAAUGGAGUCAAUGUGUCUUUCAACUUCUCAAAAUACUCAAUCUCAUCCAAUGAAAACCUCCACUACAAGAUCAGCAACUCAAGCGUCAACUGUUUUCAAAAAUGAGGUAGCCGAGUUACAAUGCGAACUGUCGAAAACACGAGAAGAACUGAAUGAGAUGAGAGAGCAACUGAUUAAAAUGGAGGAAUUGUUGCAUAUGCAUAGACUGCGUCUAUUGAAUGCAGAGCAUACAAGUACCCGUGAAAGUCCUGCAAAACUUUUCAAAUCUCGAAUUCUCAGAAAGCAUCUGAUGUCCACGACUUCUAAUGUACAUUAUUACAAAGGGAAUGACUACAGACCUUCUGUUGGAAUCAUACUACAAAAAAUGGGAAAUCGAGUGGUGAAGAUAUUAGACAUCAAAGAUCACUCAGUUCAUAACAGACACCUGGACAAAGUGACAAUAAAUGAAGUAGGUCGUUCCAAUUAUAAUAUUAAUGAUUCCGCUACUCAUCCUGAUUUUGUAGAUAAUUCUGAAAUAAGUCCAGAUAAUACUGAUGAAAAUAAUAUCACAGAAUCAGUUAGAAGGUCGCAGCUACUUGCAAGCAAACCGAGACAUCGUUAUAAAUACGCAAGGAGAUAUUCGACGUGUGGCGGAUGUGGUGAUUGACAAUUUCUAUCUCUG